GUAACUCCAAGCUCGAUAUACUUCACGAUAGAUACAAUAUACGCGACGAUUAUUACUAUCAUUCCCCACACGCGUGCGCGCGCAGCACCACACCCUGCCACUCUUCCUACAAAGUCGAUCGAAUCUUGGCCUCCGCUAGAUAAUGGAAAAUGUCGGCCUCUCCACCUGCGACCGAGGUCGUCCGUUCUCACCAAGAUGAUCUGUCGUCCGUUAUCCACCCAGCCCCAAAGACAAAUCAAAAUGGAUUAGAGUCCCUUCGAGAUCUAGGAAGGUCGCAAACUUCCUCUGACGAUCCGAGCAGCAGCACUCAGCUCGCCGGUCACGGAAAGAAAGGGGUUGCAAGACUUUCGCGACGAGAUACAGCGGGGAAAGAUGCCAAAGACAAGAAGGAAUCGGAUACCGGCACAAGGGCUGGCCAAGUCACGCCUUCGCCAGCCCUUGACCCGUUGUCUCACCAUAUCUUCGUAAGAACCAAUACCGACCGCUCCAUCGCAUCACGAUUUCGCAGUUCCGGACGACCAGACAGCCCUGCCAAUGAAGCCCUACCUCGACCUUCCUCCGACCUCUCUGCUAAGCAGGUCGUCCCCCAACCUGACCUACCUAUUAGGAGGAAGGGUGGAUUCCUUAGUCGUCUCAGUAUGAUUGGUGGGAGAAAGAAAGAAGGUGGCAUUCAAGACGACGAAUCAGAAAUUAGCGAAUUGAGAACUGAAGGCGCAAAUGCUGUUGCUUUUUCCUCUGCCAUUGGCGCCGGUGGUUAUAUUCCUCACCAUAAGGAACCGCCGCGAUAUAUCAAGGUCAGGGCGCAGAAUAAGAAAAUAAAAGAGUUCAAUCGCAUGUUCCUUGCGCAGGAGUUAGUGAGAACACAGCAGGUUGCUAAAGAUGAUCAAAAAAAGACAACAAAUGGAAGUGGUGCGACUCAGGGGCCCGAUAAAGAUGAAACGGAAUUGGGUGGUCCUAUAUGGGCUAUCGAGUUCAGCAGGGACGGUAGAUACCUAGCUACCGGAGGCCGAGACCGAGUUGUACGCAUAUGGGCAGUAAUCGCAACAGAAGAGGACCGCAAGGCAGACGAAGAGGAAGAAAAUGCUACAAGCGACAAAGAAGAGCGCCUGAGUGCACCCGUCUUUCGCGCGAAGCCAGUCAAGGAGUUCAUUGGUCACACGGGUGACAUUCUCGACCUCAGCUGGAGUAAGAACAAUUUCCUUCUUUCUUCAUCGAUGGAUAAGACUGUUCGUCUAUGGCAUAUAAGUAGACAGGAAUGCUUGUGCACGUUUAAACACAAGGAUUUCGUCACUUCUAUUGCCUUCCAUCCUCGUGAUGACCGAUUUUUUUUAGCGGGCUCUCUUGAUUCAUAUCUACGCCUAUGGAGCAUUCCAGAUAAAGCUGUUGCCUAUUCCAGUCAGCUAUCCGACUUCAUCACCGCUGUUGCCUUCUCUCCUGAUGGGAGGACUGCAAUAGCUGGAUGCCUAAAUGGCUUCUGUAUGUUUUACGAGACCGAGGGUCUCAAAUACCAUACUCAGAUCCAUGUACGGUCGUCUCGAGGCAAGAACGCCAAGGGAAGCAAGAUCACCGGGAUUGAAACAAUGAUGUUCCCCCCAGAUUCUCAAGAUGGUGUGGUCAAGGUCCUCAUCACCUCGAAUGACUCACGUAUUAGGAUCUAUAAUCUAGGAGACAAGAACCUCGAAUUGAAGCUUAAGGGCCAUGAAAAUGCAUGCAGCCAAAUAAGAGCCACAUUUAGCGAUGAUGGCAAUUACAUCAUAUGUGGAAGCGAGGAUAAGAGGGCAUUCAUAUGGUCAACUAGUACGAGACUAGCUGAAAAUAAGGAGAAGAGGCCUUGCGAAUACUUCGAAGCUCAUUCGAAUAUUGUCACCGGAGCUAUUUUUGCCCCGACAACAGCGCGACAACUUCUACAAUCAUCCGGCGAUCCCAUAUUCACACUUUGUAAUCCUCCGCCUAUAACAUUGCUCAGCAAGGAUGAAUCCGCUGUAAAUAAAACGGCUGAGACUCCAGAUACACAAUCGGAAACCUCAGCCAAGGUUAGAAGGCCCGAUGAGUCUCCUGGAUUUAUUGCGCGUUCAACCCAUUACGAUGGUAAUAUCAUCGUGACAGCCGACCACGCCGGCUUGAUCAAGGUAUUUCGCCAGGAUUGCGCUUUUACCAAGCGUCGUCACGACAACUGGGAGACCGGGUCGACAUUCUCUAGAAAACUUGGAAGAGACAGUUUACUGGGCCGAAGCGGCAGCAUAGUCACGCGGAUGAGCGGUGGCAGCCGAGAUCCCCACUCUCGUCGGGGCUCACUCACUCAACCGCCACAGGGAAUUUUCCAGGUGAACUCGGACCGAAUUAAUACAUGGCGACAUGGCGUAGAAGGCCACCCAGGCAGGCCGGUCUCGGUAACAAUAUCGACACCCGCCCGCAGCGAGCGAUCUUUGUCUCCAAACAAGGCAGCUCGAACUCCUGUGAAUUCUGCUUCAGAAGCUAGAAGACAACGUUACGCAAACACGCCAGUUACAAGCGUUCCAACGAGCCCGGUCCCCAGCACACAAACCACGCAAUUGUCCCAAAUGAGUAGAGCUAAUCACCGAUCAAGUAUACAAGAAGCGCCAGUGCCACCAACUCCGAGUUUCUCUUUCCGGUCAUUGGGUGAAGAAGAUGAGGAUGAGCUUCGCUUAGACCCCGCCGGCGCUAGUUAUUCAUUUUGGAAUUUAAACAAAUGGCGAAAUAUCGCACCGCUGCAAAAUAGUAGAAAUAGCGGGUCUGCGCUUGGGUCGAACUUGGUUCAUCAUCGCUCUGCCAGCACGGCAGCAACUUCAGACGCGACGGUAGCUAAGGAUAAUCGGCGGAAGAGCAUGGUAGGUGACGCCGAAGAAGCUGGAGGUAACAGCCAAACAGAGAAGUCCAGCCGGCGGAAGAGCGUACCCGCCGGGGCGAUACUAGCUCGAGAACAAGAUGGAAAUAACCACUUGGUAUCCCCCAAACUUACAGCCCCUUCAGCUGAUUCCGAUGCUAGUCGCCUGAGCUCAGAACUCACUAGCGACGACGGUGAGGAUAUGCAAUGCCCCUCGUGUGGCAGCCGAGAUUUCAGGGCAAAGAAAAUCAGUGGCAAGCAAAAGCUAUUGUGUGGCAAAUGUGGUCGCGCGGUUAAUUGAUGAGUCUACAGUUGAUGGAUGAUGGAAUUUUCUCUUCUUCGUGGAUUCU